AUGAAUGAAUUGAAAGGCAAUGAGAUCUUCUUUAUGCCCCAAUGCCUGAUCUUGGGAAUCUUUUGGAUGACCAGUGUCUGGCUCCUAAUGAGUCUGUUCAGUUAUCUGAAGAAAAUGGGAAAUGUGCUCGAGAAGCAACUGAAGAGCAGAAGCUUAGAAGGCUUGCACUUCAAGCAAUAUUUGUUGCUGUUUCCUUUUCUUAAAGGUUCCGGGUCACCAGACGAGGAGAGUGAUUCCAGAAGGGGGUCCGAGUUCCACGAGCAACAAGCUAAUUGUGGUGGAUAUUCUGACAAGGUGGAGGAGGUUGACAUUCAGAAACAGAUUAAUUUGUAG